AUGGAUAUUCUCAAUGAAUGCGGUUUACUUGGCUGCAAGCCCGCUGCUUUCCCUAUAGAUCAAAAUCAUCAAUUGGCUCUGGCAAAUGGUCCAGCCUUUGAAGAUCCUACACGCUAUCGACGUAUUGUUGGUCGUCUCGUUUAUCUCACUAUUACUCGACCAGAACUAAGUUAUGCAGUUCGUACUCUUUCUCAGUUUCUUCAGCAUCCCUUGCAAGAACAUUAUGAUGCAGCUUUGCGUGUGUUACGAUAUAUAAAGGGGAAUCCAGGCCAAGGUCUUCUUCUUCGCUCAAACUGUGAUCUUCUUCUUCGAGCUUAUUGUGAUUCUGAUUGGGCAAGUUGUCCCAUUACGCGUCGUUCCAUCACUGGCUACUUUGUUACACUUGGAGACUCACCUAUAUCAUGGAAAUCGAAGAAACAACAUACCAUCUCUCGUUCAUCUGCAGAAGCUGAGUAUCGUUCUAUGGCUGCAGCUACUGCUGAAAUUUUAUGGCUCAAAGGUUUUCUAAAAGAUAUUGGUGUUGAUCACUGA